AUGGGCUCCAUGAGUGCACUUUUGGGUGGUGGGAUCGUCUGUUGGGCGUAUGGGGCGUACGUUAUUAACAAUCAUUACAAGGAGAAGGAAGCAAAGACCAACGAUCCGGAACAGAUUUUUACCGCAAACGAUAAGCAAGAUGACGCAAGAGUGCGGAAGAUCAAGAAACGUCUCAUCCUCGGAAGUCUGGUCUAUGGUGUGUACGACAUGUUCGAAGGCAAACCUCCUAUAGAAUGGUGGACCAAGGUGCACUAUGAUCUGUUGGAGUUGGACGAAGUAUUGACUGAGGACGAUCUUGAUCGCUAUGCAACAGAACUGCAGGAUGAGCAUAAGAACAAGUACCUCGGUGUCUUCCGACGAAAGAAGGAAAGUCCUUCAGCCGAGGCUUCGGACUGGGUAGUAGCCAUCAGCGGAACUGAGCCCUUGAAUUGGGCGGAUCUCCAAAACGAUCUUGCAAUCAUUUUGGAGACACUGAAUUCUAAGAAUUUGAUCACAAUUCUGGAGGUUGUGGUCCGGAGUCUCGGUGCGCAACAUGGGUUCUGCAGCGUGAACGUCACCGGUCAUUCACUCGGGGCCGCAGCGGGCUUGCUGGUCUGUCGAAGGCUGGCACUGAAAGGGUGUCUGGUCGAGGGCCACUUCUUCAAUCCUCCGUUCACCACUCUGGAAUCGCUGGCGCACACCUGUACACAUGCUGUGAAACAUGCUCUUAUGAGGGUAUUUCCGGCCGAGGGUGAAAACUUCUUUGACGCUGGUAAGCGCCUCGGGAGCAAAGUUCUCCAUGCAGUGCCCGACACCGACAGGAGAAGCAAAGCAUUACCCGAGUUCAAGACACUGGCCGAAGCCAAAUGGUCUCCGUAUCUCUAUGUAAACAAAAAAUGA